CCGCUUGGGAUUGGACGGUGGCCGACGAUGGGUUACGUGGCAUUGGAGUGGCUGCGCAUGCGCAGUGCGCGUUUCACCGGCAGUGUCAAGAUGGUGGCAAUCAGAAUGCAGUUUACACUUUAUUUGGUGUUGUUGUUAAACAUUUACAGCAGUUUUGUGUCUGCGUUGUAUUUUCAUAUCGGCGAGACUGAAAAGAAAUGCUUCAUAGAAGAAAUACCGGACGAAACCAUGAUAAUAGGUAACUACCGAACGCAGCUCUACGACAAGCAGAAAGAAGAGUAUUUGCCUGCAACUCAAGGACUUGGGAUGUUUGUGGAAGUGAAAGAUCCUGAUGAGAAGGUGAUCCUGUCCCGCCAGUAUGGAUCUGAGGGCAGGUUUAUCUUCACCUCUCACACACCUGGAGAGCAUCAAAUCUGCUUGCACUCAAAUUCCUCCAAAUUUGCUCUGUUUGCUGGUGGGAUGCUUCGUGUUCACUUGGACAUCCAAGUUGGUGAGCAUACAAACAACUAUGCAGAAAUCGCUGCCAAAGACAAGCUGACGGAGUUGCAGCUGAGGGUACGACAGCUGAUGGAGCAGGUGGAUCAGGUCCAGAAAGAGCAGAACUAUCAGAGGUAUCGUGAGGAGCGCUUCAGACAGACCAGCGAGAGCACCAAUCAGAGGGUCCUGUGGUGGUCUAUCGUCCAGACGCUGAUCCUGGUGGCCAUUGGGUUUUGGCAAAUGAGACAUCUGAAGAGCUUCUUUGAGGCCAAGAAAUUAGUAUAGAACUGUAUUUGGAUUUGUUUUUUUAAGUUGUGAUUGUACAGUACACACAGCAUUUUGAAGAUUGCCUGCUUCAUGUGUGGUCAAGACUGCUGAAAAGUCAACAUGCUCUCAGUUCAGUUCCCUCCCUGAAUUCCCAUUUUUAUCCUGCAUUGACGUUUGUUUUACGCUGCUCGUUUCAGUGCCACACCCCAUGUAAUGUGAACCUGGUUUCUGUUCAGAAAUGCAUUACAGUGUGUUACUGUUUGGAGGUGAUAGGCACUCAACAAAAGCAGUUUACUGGAUUCAAAAUGCAAAUUGCAUAGUGGUUGCCUUACCAUUUUUUAUAGCCCCAUAACUUGAUAAAAUAAUAUUUGACAUUUGUUUCAGAAAGCUGAUGACGACAUUAACUAUUAAACUGGGCUGCAAGUGUGAUUUUUUUAUUUUUUAUUAUUUGCUUAAACAUUUACAAAACAAAGAUUAUCCUGGUGGCAGGUGUAAAUGUAUUCUGUUGUUUGGUUAUGCAGUAAUUAGUAUGAUAUUUAAAGUUUUGCUCAGAGUGAAUGUUGCUUGGUGUUUACAUUUUUAUUCUUUAUACAGUUGGUUAAUGUUUUCUCUUCUAUACCCCAAUUGUAUUUUGUGUUGAGCAUCAUUGCGGUCAAGAACACUCGGAUCAUGUUAGUAUUAGGCCUUCUUCCCUUUUGAUAGCUACAGUUUGAUGUUGACCUCAGUGAAUAAAUGUGUACAUGUUUAAAACGUAUAUAUCCAAAUAAAUGGCAAAAUGUAGUUAUCAAAAGGUAAAAUGUUUAAUUAUGAGUACUUGGCACAUUGAAAUAAAUAAUAUCAAAAGGUUUUAUAUUUUUCGUGAAUGCUUAAAUCCCCAUUUCUCUGACAGAUUUGCUUAGUUUCCUUUGAAAACGGUAUUGACGUCUUACACAUACAUUAUCAUAUUUUCACAUCUUUUUUCCUAUUGUAAACUCCUCAGGUUGAUGUAGAGAUUUCGGUGGUUUAUUCACUCUUAAAUUGAUCUGCCCAGAAUACACUGUAAAUCUAAAAAGGUACCAUGCCUUUAUAGCUGUGUCAUAAUGUUGUAUUUUCUUCAAAAAAUAAGACCGCAUGUUGUUUUGAGUAUUUUGAUAGAUUAUUGCUCAUUGAAUUGCUUUGCCAUCAUAUUUGUAUGGUUUCUUUUUUUUUGUUAAUAAUUAUUUUAUUUUUUGUCAUUUUAGUUUAUAUGCAGCCACUGGGAAAUGGGUUUACUUUUUAUGUAGGGAUACGGGAGGGAAAGAUUUGUUGGUGAGAAAUCUACCCCAUAAUUGCACUCAGAAAUAAAGUUUUCCACUUUCCCCAA